AUGGUCCUAUGGAAUUUUAUAUUUCUCGGGUCCCCCGUCGUCUUCACUAUCCAGUGGCUAGCGGCAGGCGCCCGCAUAACCAUCAGUGGCCCCUAUGAUCCCGAUUUGCCUGGUCACAGUGAUAAACAUAAAGAGAACGGCUCACGCGGCUAUGGCUGCCAGACCCGCGAGAGCGAGAUAAUUUCACCUAGAAACCCGGACAGGUCCGGAGGGGAUGACGGCACGCUGUGGACUGGAGAAAACUGUGUUCAACAUCAAGCGGCGUCCCCACCAGGGCGUCGAAUGGACUCGAUGGACUCGACACGGGAACCAAUCCCCUACGGCAAUGGAACAAAGGGCCCCGCUGACGCUACGCUAGGGCUGAACCUGAUUGCACCCCCGCCAGGAAAUGAAACAUUUAACUUCUACCCUUCUCAACAGCUAUUUUUCAACGGCAUCUACAACGGCAUCUACAACGGCAUCUACAACGGCAUCGAGGAAUCCAAAUAG